AUGGAUUAUCAUAGCGAUGGAUCGCCACCUUUGGACACUAAAACAACAGUUAGCGGAAUUAUGACAAAGCCGAUUUCAACAUCUUCGCCGGCAGGUUUGGCAGCAGCUCAGAUGGUUACUCCUGGGAAAUUAUCCAGUUUGCUUCUUGAACGGGGCCCAUUGGCAAUAAGGCAUAUAACUCAAACGCUUGGCGCGGAGAUACCGAGUUUCAAGGAUUUGUCAUCUUCGAAACAGAGGAGACUAAUAAUGAGCGCUAUGGAAUCUGGCGAUAAGGACAGUCAGGUUGUGUUCGCGAAGAUAGGGUGGGGCCAGUGGUCAGCGAAAAUUGUUGAUGCAGCCACGUUUUCUGAGGAGCGUGAUGCCACAAAUAUCGCGAAUGCCAAAGUCAAGGAUAUUGUAAGCCAAGAGAGCCAAAGAAGGAGAAGCAGUAGCAGUACUGUGGGCGCAAGAAGGCCACAACUUUACAACAAGUCCUCGUCGAAUAAUAGCGCUGUAAAGAAGCCUUUGGCCUCUGCGGUGAACUCCGAUGUUGUUUAUAUUGAUGAAAACGCAGUGGCGUCUGAAGAUGAAGAUGAAAACGAUCAUAUUCACGGGCGUGAAGAUCGCCGACAUAGGAUGACGGGCGUCGAUGACGAGGAAGAGGACGAAGCAGAAGAGGACGACGAGGAAGAUGAUAAUGAUAAUGAUGAAAAUGAAUUUUUAAUGAAUCCCAUCAAAAGAGAAGAUCUAUUUAGUUUCAGAAGAAGAAAAUCUAGUGUGGUUUUUGCCGACUCUUCGCCAGAAGACCUCGAGCAUGAAUUACUCGCCCAGAGGGUUAGACCAUUAUUGAAAAAAAAUAGAAAUCGCAGAUCAAGUUCAAAGAUACGUACUUCAUCAAUUUCCAAAAACAACACUGCUGCCACCACCACCGUUCAUCUGGAUUUACCACAGACAGAUGUCUCCAAUCCAAUAACAAGAAAGAACAGCAGCUCAAAGAUUGACCUUGAACAAUUGUCGAAUUCAAUCAGCGAACCCACGUCAAGAAGAGAGUCGAGAAUGUCUUUUUCAAAAGAGUCAAGCAUAAGAUCGACUUUGCUCUCUCAUAGAAACUAUCAUUGGCUACCUGCAGGCUCUUCUCCAAGACUUACAUAUCAAAAGAACUCUUCACAGGUUCCACCAUUGUUAACGAAUCAGUCACAAAACAAAAACACGUUAAUUCCUGAAAACUCGAUUACAGCAAAACAAAGUGCAAAAACGAAAAACUCUCAAAGUACACAUUUCUCGCAAUCACAAAUCUCACAUGCUCCACAUUCUGAUACCGACGAAGAAGAUUGGGCUGCUAUUGGUGCUGCAAAGCUAAGAAACAACAGUGUGGCGCCAAAAAUGGAAACAUUAGCAACGUCUCCAAAUGGAUUUGUCAAACCGAAUGUGCCAGAUGCUAAUAAUAUUCCACCAUUGGAUAACAGUUUACCUCCAGCCGCAUUAAAUGAUACAACAGACACAAAAAACAGCAGUAACAGUCCAAAUGACGAUAAUAAUGCAGCAUUUUUGCUAAUGAGCCUUAAGUCUUGA